AUGUCUUCCUCAGGGUUCUACACGUUGGAUAAUGGGGCCUUGGAGCUACUCCAGGUCCUGUACAAGAGCACGAGUGCUGCCGAAGAUGGAUCCCUCUCAUCCAAUCAUGUGUACCUUGGUGACUCUCGCCGAGAGAACCUCAUUGAGGCGCAGGCAGACCCCGUGGAGCAUAAGGGCAUCCGCCUGCAUAACUGGGUUAUCGGUUCCAAUAAGACCCACAUUACACCCAUUGACACCGUGGACGAAAUCGGCGAGGCUGCUAAUCUGACGCCGCCGGAGAUGGUGUUUGGCAAGAACCAGCUGGUGUUAUUCCAUGAGCCCUCGGGCGUGUGCUACAACUUCCUGGCAGUGGAGGCUCUCAAAGGCGCGCACUUCCCCCCGCCAGCGAGUGAAGAUGCAAAGGAUAUUGUGGCCAACCAGCAGCUGAAGGUCUCCAUUGCCAAGCACAAUACCAACAAGGAGGAUGUGAAGGAGCUCGACAUCACGUACGACUGGACGUACUCGACUGAUUACAAGGGCUCGCUGCAGCGUCUCAUCAAGUCUGAAAACGUGCCUGUCACGUUCACAAAGAGCGAAGAAGACCCGCAGGUGGAGACUACUAGCGAGCGAAUUAACUUCGAGAAGCUGAAGGAGCGCGAACCUAUUCUCUGGUUCGAAGACGUUGCCCUCUAUGAGGACGAGCUCCAUGAUCACGGAACUUCCGCCAUGUCGGUUAAAGUGCGCGUGAUGCCGUCGGGAUUCUACGUCUUGUCGCGCUAUUGGAUGCGGCUGGACCAUGUUGUCGUGCGUCUGCACGAGACCCGAAUCCACCACCUCUUCGGCACCAAUCACUUCUUGCGCGAGUACACGCGCAAGGAGGAGCAAUUCGACGCACUGUUCGCCAAGGGCCAGUCGAAGAAUAUGGCCAACUACACCAACAUCGAUACGUUCCAGCAUCUGCUGCCUGUGCGCGAAGCUGUUUUCGAGAAGGUGCUGCUCCAGUGA